CCUCACGCGCAGAACUACGACGCCGAUGGACUCGUUCUCGUAUCAUCAUGUAUCCCGUCGAUCCAUGAGCAUGUGGGAGCAGCCCGUGUCGAAGCGAUCCCUGCCGUCGCUUGCGAGCAUCGACUCCACCAAGAGCGUGUACCAUCCCAUGGAGAACAACCCCGCCCACUCCCAGCCCAUUCCCAUUCCGUCAUACGGUACCUCAGGGAUGUCACUCCCAUCGCUGUCCAACCAACAACAGCAUCACAGCUACUCUGCAUCGACUGAACCUGUCCCUCUGGCUCUGCCAAAGCUGCGUUCCAUGAGUCUUGGGGAGUACAUGCCACAAAGCCGUCGUGCCUUAGACGACCAACUCCAUCCAUCUGAACCCGAAGUCACUCGCUUUAACAACCACCUGGAGUUUCAAAUCAAAAAUGAGAUCCCGCUCCCCCAUAGCUGGACCCCAAGCCACAACCACUUCCUCCAUCAACGCCAACCUCCAUCGUCGCAGUACCAGUCUGAGUUCUCGCUCUCGCACAGCUGGAAUAGCAACGGUGCCGCUCCUCAUCUCAUGCCUCGGUAUUCAUCCAGCUCUAGUACUGCCGCGUCCAGCUGGAGUCCUUCGCCCACUGCGUUGCAGCACAUGAGUUUGCACAACAACUCGUCCUCGUCAGAUGACGAAGACCAACCCGACGAAGAAAGCGAUCCGUUGAACAGGGGCUCCACCCGCGUGUGCCGCACCAAGUCGUGCAAAAACGUCGCACGUUCCAAGGGACUCUGUCGGUCGCAUGGCGGCGGCAAGCGGUGUACCGAACCAGGAUGCAGCAAAAGUGCGCAAGCGAACAAGAAGUGCAUUGCGCACGGCGGCGGCACCCCGUGUUCCUUCGACAACUGCGACAAGACGUCUCAAAGUCGAGGUCUGUGCAAAGCCCACGGCGGCGGUGCCAGGUGUAAGUACCCGAGUUGUCCCAAGAGCAGUCAGAGCCGCGGGUUUUGCCGCGGUCACGGCGGCGGCGUGCGGUGCAAAGCGGACGGAUGCGAGAAGUGGGUGCAGAAGAACGGGUUCUGCAUCAAGCAUGGUCGCGAACAGCCCUAAGUCCCGCCGUCGGCGUGUACGAUAGCAACCCUCCCUCGAUGUAGUGUCCUUAGUGUAAUCAUGUAACUAGUUUUCAAGUGUUAGUAC